AUGAGUAGAGGCAAACUGGAAGAUAUGGAACAAAAGGAAACAUCGGAAGUUGACUGGAUAAUCUGUUUUGCUUUAAUUCAAUCCAGGAAUCCUACGUUGUGGAAGAGGGCACUUUCAAGAAAGAAAGGAGAUGUCGAAGAUGUAGGUGCUCUCAAGAGUGAAAAAAAUUUAAAAAUAAAUCCUCGGGAAAACUCAAAACAUAUAUACAAAUGGGUUGCGCCUUUCGAAAAUGGAUUUUUGAAUAAUAAAUCACUGUUUGCUCAUCUGGAACCUAUAUACAAUUUCCUUUGCCAGAAUAAGUACAAAAGCUUCGAAGAUGCAGUUGGUUUAAAGGAGCUGCAAUCAUUUAGCAAAGAUGUAUCAACUGCUGAUAUAAACAACUGGUUUUUACCGAGAUAUAAAAUUCUGCUAAAAAUCCUGAGCUUAAAAACAAAAGAAAUUGACUUUAGAGGGUUAUCGCAAGUGUUUCAAACACUCCAAAUCUUGUUAGUUUCUCAUUAUUCGCAUCGCAUAGAUUCUGAUUCUUCUUUUAAGAGGACACUGAUAGACGUUCAUGUUUUCAAUUUCAUCGCCAAGUUUCUGUUUAAUAGAAUUUUAUUGAAGAAGAACCAAAACGAUCCAAAAUGGCUUCAAAACUUUUACGACCAGGGAGAUGGCAAACAUUUAUGUGAUAAAGUUGACUACAAGCGCUUGUGUUCGUUGCAUUUUACCCUUAUUUACUCUAUUAUUAACAUUCAACUCAUCAAAAUCAAGACAAACCAAACAUUUGAACCGCAGAUAUUAAAAUACGUAUCUGUUCUGAAAUUAAUUGAACACAUACUUAUCAUCAUCGAAAGUCUGAUACAUGUACUUAUUAGAUUUGUAUCGAAGCAUAAACUAAUAUGCAUCAACCGGAAAAAGGCGUACUGUCGAGUAUACCUCGAAAGAGAAUUGAGUUUGAAGAAAACCUACUUAAAGAACUUUUACAGUGUAAUAAGCGGUGUCCCAGAAAAAGAGUUAGGGGGUCUAUUGAAAAUACUCAAGAUAGUUAUUCUAUCAUUGCUCGAGACAUUUGAAAGCAUUGAAUGGCAGCACUUAAAACCUUUCCUGGAAAAAUUUCCGGCUCAUGAAAUAUCGCUUCAGAAGAAAAGGAAAUAUAUACAGGCGGCCUUAUUAAUUACUGCCGAAAGAAAUUUGAUAGCGCGCUUUCGAUUGUCAAGAUGGUUCAAUGAGACAGAAAACAUUUAA